AUGCAUGAAGGUGAGAACCAACCGUGGCGUGCAGCAGGGCAGCUUCGCGCAGGUUUCGGCCCUUAUCAGCUCUUCCUCGUGUGCUAUACUGGCCUUGCAUGGCUCGCUGAUGCCAUGGAGAUGAUUCUGCUCUCCUUUGUGGGACCAGCGGAUGCUAGUUCUCCUCUCUGCUACGCCCUUUGCGCUCCUGCUGCUGCUCUACCCUUUCCUUCCCGAAUCGCCUCGGUUUCUCCUGCUCAAAGACAACACGUCAGCAGCACAUACAGUCCUAGAGAAAGCCGCUCGAACCAACGGGAAGCGCCUGCCGCCCGGGCGGCUGGUUUCAGCCUCAUCUGGUCCAAAGCUACUGGCUUCACCACACCCCUCCUCUCCUUCUCCCGCCCAUGCCACCUCCUCGACUCCACCACCCUCCACUACUAA